CAAUACCUUUAUUAGCAGCCGAUUAUUCCUUAAGAGACACAUAACGUUCAAAAGUCAUCUUCAAGACGUCCAAUGCAACACAGGUUUUCCUUUUAGGCAUCUUAAAGACGUAUUCAACAUUUAUAAACUGUCUGGAUUCUUUUCCUUUCUUUUAUUACUCUUUAUUUUAUUAAUUCUCUUCGCUAUCAUUUUGCACCGCAACAAACCAGCGUAUUCCACAAGGUCUUAGCCGGUAAGAGGGAAUUGCGUUUUCAUUCCAGCACGUUACAGUCAUGGUGCAUAUCUGCGUAAAGUCAGUUGCAUCACGCCCUUUCGACAGUGACUGUUGCAUUGGGAGUUGCUUACCGCAGUGAGCAGUUGUUGCAUUCUUGUAUUUUUUUAAAUAUCAAUAUUAAUCGUUAUCCGAUAUCACGUGACAAAAAACGGACUUCCUGUAGAAGUGAUCGCAACAUUAAAAAUUCAAUACUCGAAAUUACUUCUAGAUUCGAGAGUUUAGAAAGCCGAGGGAGUUUCGUAAAAGUAUUAACAGUGGGAUGUCGAAGGCGCCUGUACGUGUGACUGAGUUGAUUUGAUGUUAGUUGCGCCCAUCGUCUUAUUUUUGUCUUGUUCCUUCGGUUCUCGGAACGAUUACAAAAAAAGUUCAAAUACACUUGGAUUUCACGAGUGUCCAAUAUUAUUAUUAUUACCAUCAGUUGAUGUAAUAACUUUCGGGUAACUUCGGGAAAGAUCGCCAAGAAUAGAGAGAGAUCGGGCCUAAUCGAAUGCUGUCUGAAGUAUUUACAAGUUUAUAUACCUACGUAAGAGGGUCGCAAUGGAAACAGAAAAGUCAACAGUGACAGAUAAGGAAACGAAAUUGAACGUAAAAUCAGUUAAGGAGCCUAACGAGAUCGUUUUGUGUCUAAAGAAAUCGGACGAUAGAAGAAGCGGGAAAUUUGAAAGCCAGGAGGAAGAAUCGAGCGAGCGUCUACCGCGGGCCGAGGAAUAUAACUGCGCUGAGAAUCCCCGCGAUUCUGUAAUAUCGACUGAUAACAAGGAAUCGAAAUUGUCAUUGUCGAAUGACGUCACGCGGGAAUCCCUCAAGACAAGCGAAUCAAUAGUAAAAAUGCCACAAUCGAGCACCACCGACAAGUGGGACGACGAGGAGCUCACGUUGGAUCUGGAGGAACCGUCGGCGGAAGUGAUGGAGUACGCGAGACAGGAACUCGGCGAGACGGAGGAAGUCAAGUGCCUGACACUGCAGGAACUACGGGACAUGAUAUACGAGCGCGGCGAGUGCCUGCCGAAUAGAAUGGACGACGCCUUCCUGAUCAGAUUUCUACGAGCCAGGAACUUCAACGUGCAUCGUGCACAUCGAUUGAUAGUCAACUACCUCAACUUCAAGGAAGAACAUCCUGAUAUCCAUCGGGACGUGAAUCCUUUGGAGAUGCGACACAUUGGUGACGAUGAUCUGAUGACAGUCCCUGCCUACAGGACUCAGUGUGGUCGAAGGAUGAUGAUAUAUCGAAUGGGUAAUUGGGAUCCCAGGAAAUAUCCGAUAGACGAAAUAUUCAAGGCCACCGUUAUCAUAUUGGAACUAGGUAUACUGGAGCCUACAGCACAGGUUUUGGGUGGCGUCGUUAUCUUUGAUCUGGAAGGCAUCACAAUGACUCAUGCAUGGAGUAUAACACCACAGGUAGCAAGCAUGGUUUUGUCUCUAAUGGUCACAGCGUUUCCGAUGAAAACCCACGCGAUUCACAUACUUCAUCAGUCCUGGGUAUUCGACGCUAUUUUUACAGUAUUCAGGCCACUGAUAGAUUCUAGAAUGCGCGACAGGAUAUUCUUCCAUGGGGAUGAUAUGGAGAGUCUCCAACGACACGUGUCGCCAACUUCACUACCGAAAAAGUAUGGCGGUACCCGGGCCGAGUUACCCUAUCACAUGUGGUUUGACGCCCUCAGCAAGGUACCUAGAGUCGUUAAGGAAAUGCAUCAGCUCGGUUAUGUCAUCCCUGAGGAAAUACUAAAAACAAUUCAGGACUAAAUUGAAUAUGGGUUAUCGAUAGGGAUCAAUAUUAUCGUCGAGUAGGUUGUACGAUCAAUAUCACUAAUUUUCACGUGUCUUUUCUUCCUGCACUGUUUCUUCUCUUUUUGUGAUAAAAGCGCCAUUUCUAUGCAAUGCA